AUGAAGAAAGAAAAGAAAACGCAUGCUUUACUGUUUCUCCUCCUGCUUCACUUCACCUUGGCAAGGCAAUCAGACUAUGCUCCAUAUUUUUAUGAUAAUGGACCCGGCAGUACAAAUGGGAAUAUGGCCUUGUUCAGCAUCUCUGAGGACACCCCAGUUGGUACACAGAUAUACAUCCUGAAUGGCACAGAUCCCGAGGGGGACCCGAUACGGUAUGGUCUGAAUUUUGAAAAGGGCUCCAAAGAAUAUUUUAGGGUGGAACCCAAAUCUGGAAACGUGACUCUAAUUCGGGAGCUCGACAGAGAGAAACAAGAUGAAAUCUCAGUGCUCGUGAGCAUAACGGACGGUCGAAAUAAAGUUGUUGAGACAGUGAGAGUGUUUGUCACUGACGCAAAUGAUGAAUCACCUGAAUUUCAGAACCUGCCUUUCAUCAUUGAUAUCCCAGAGGACACUGCUCCAGGAAGUAGCAUCUACCGAGUCCAAGCAGUGGAUAGGGACAUGGGCUCAGGAGGAAGCGUCUCCUACUAUCUACAGACCUCCCCAUUUGCCAAGUUCACCAUCGAUGGGCACAGUGGGAUCAUUAGAGUCAAACCAGGCGAGACUCUGGACUACGAGACCACGCCAACACAUUUUGUGACAGUGGUUGCAAAGGAUGGAGGAGGAAAGUACAAGGGCAAGCAUCAGGUGUUGACCACCACAGCCACCAUAACAAUUAAUGUAAUUGACGCCCAAGACAUGCCUCCAUCCUUCGUAGGAACCCCUUACUUUGGCUACGUCUACGAAGUCUCAGUUUUUGGUUCUGAAAUCUUCACUGUGUAUGCUAGAGAUGGAGAUCAAGGCAAUCCCAACCCCAUACAUUAUUCCAUUAUGAAUGGUAGUGAUGGUGUCUUUGACAUAAAUAGCACCAGUGGAUGCAUCACCCUGACAACCUAUCCAUCUCUGCUGAAAAAUGAAUUGUAUGAAAUUAAAGUCAAGGCGUCUGAGGUAGGACCAAAUGAUCGGCUUUUGGACUACGACGUCACCACGGUGACAAUCCGGGUGGUGGAUCUCAACAACCAUCCUCCGACCUUUUACGGAGAAAAUGGACCCCAGAGCAAGUUUGAGGUUACCAUGUAUGAGCAUCCACCUGCAGGGGAGAUCCUCCGGGGCUUUAAGAUCACGGUCAAUGACUCCGAUCAGGGAGCAAACGCUAAAUUUAAACUGAGACUUGUGGGGCCCAGCCGUGUGCUGCGAGUGGUUCCCCAGACAGUCCUCAAUGAAGCACAGGUGACCAUUAUUGUAGAAGACACAUCUGGCAUCGACUAUGAAAAGGGACCAACCCUUUCUUUUAAGCUGCUGGCAGUGGAGAUUGACACUCCUGAGCGUUUCAGUGCGACAGCUGACAUAGUGAUCAACCUGCUGGACAAAAACGACAACAUCCCCAAAUUCACAUCUGAGUAUUACGUUGCCAGGGUCCCUGAGAACUCUCCUGGAGGCGCCAACGUUGUGUCUGUAACAGCAAAUGAUCCAGAUUCAGGGCCUUGGGGUGAAGUCAAAUACACGAUUUAUGGAUCAGGAUCAGAUUUGUUUGCCAUCCACCCAUCAUCAGGCCUCAUCUCCACGCAGCCCUGGACCAGCCUGGACGCAGAGGUCAGGUCUAAAUACAACUUCUACGUCAAGGCUGAGGAUUCGGAGGGGAAGUACAGCUUGGCUGAAGUCUUUGUCACUGUCCUCGACAUGAACGACCACUCCCCAGAAUUUGAUGACAAACUCUUGGAGAAGACCAUGAUCAUUGGUAUACCUGUCAGAGUAGAGGCGGUAGACGAAGAUGCAGAGUCUCCAAACAACGUCAUCGAGUACUCCAUCAUGACGGCCGAUCCUGACAACGCAUUUGAUAUCAACGCCAACACUGGGGAGAUCAAGCUGAAGCCGUACAUCAAGUCCAUGGAGAUUGUGCAGAACAUCACCAAGCAGAAGGGCUGCAAGUGGUCUCUGGUGGUCCAGGCACGGGACCGAGGCUCUCCCUCUUUCAGCACAACGGCCGUGGUCAAUAUCGAUAUCACUGAGGCGACUCCCCUCAAGGGGCCUAUGGCGGCCUUUUUAAUGAAAAGUAGGGACAAUCCUAUGAAAGCUCUAGGCUUGGUCACUGUUAUCAUUAGCGCGUUGGUAGGGGUGACUGUCUUGAUCUCUACGGCUAUGUACAUUCGCAACUCAAAGUCCAACAGGAUCAUGCCGGCGCGACGCAUCAUUAAGAGGCGACCCAGGGACCAGCAGCCGUGGAUCUUAAAGAUGCCCAUUAUCAGGUUCAGCAACCCCACAGACAAGUUCCUUAUCGGUGACCCAGAGAGCAGCCCCCAGAAGAACAGCAGCAGCCCCCGGCCGAAGCCUCCACCCCCCAGUGCUCCUCCACCCCCAUCUAACACACGGCCCAGUGAGAGACCUCGGGCGGUCCCAACAAUAUCUGGUGCGCUGGCCUCCAAAGGCUCAAAGAAAACUAAAUCUAAUCGCCGUAAAGAGGGAAAUAUCAGCUCUGCUUUAGUGUCAGAGCUUAAAAUGAAGCUGGAGCAGAAAAUCAACGAGAGCAACCAAGGUUAUUAUUAA